CUAGUGAGACGGAGUGACCAUGGCUGUCUCCUCACCUCCGGUGAUCUCCGCAACUUCCAGUGGCGCCGGCGUCCCGGGGGGUUUAUUUCGUGCUGAACCCCUGUAUUCGACUCCCGGAGAGCCCCCUCGUCUCACCCCCCAUAUGAUCAACAGUUUCAUGGCCAAUAACCACAGCGGCAGCUCCGGGGUUGGCGGGGUUGGUAGUGGCGGCGGCGGCGGCGGCAACACCAACACCAACGAGUGUCGGAUGGUGGACAUGCACGGAGUGAAGGUGGCUUCGUUCCUGAUGGACGGCCAGGAACUGAUCUGCCUGCCGCAAGUCUUUGAUCUUUUCCUCAAGCACCUAGUGGGCGGGUUGCACACGGUAUACACCAAGCUGAAGAGACUGGACAUAUCCCCCGUGGUGUGUACUGUCGAGCAGGUCCGGAUCCUCCGCGGGCUGGGGGCCAUCCAGCCCGGGGUGAACCGCUGCAAACUUAUCACCAGGAAAGACUUCGAAACUUUGUUCACCGAUUGCACCAAUGCCAGGUGA